AUGCUUACAGGGCACAAGGAAUGGAAGGAAAGGCACCUUAAUGUUAACCCGGUUGUCUCCGGGGAUCAAGGGUUCGGCCCAAGAGCUUCCUUCCUUGUGCUUUUCUGUUCUACUUUGUCGACAGUGAAAAGCAUUAAUUUAAUAAUCGGGGAGGAGGCGCAAGGCCGGGGCUGCAGGUCGCGGGGCCUGGCAGGGCAGGGGCGCCUGGGAGCCUGCCCCGCCCCCGCCGCUGCCCGCAGCCCUGCUGCAGACAGCUGGCAGGGCCGCCCACUGGGCCGCGGUCUCACCUGGCCGCGGGAGGCCCUGGGCCACGCGGGGUGGGCUCCGACUCGGCCGCUGGGAGGGGGGCCUGGCUCCGGUCCCCGAGAACCCGGCGCGGCCUCCGCGGAGGCCGAAAGCUCACCAGCGCAACGCCUCCCCGUUGUUCUCAGGCCGCCUCGCAACUCCCCGCCUCCCCGCCUCCCCGCCUCCCGCCGCCCCGCACGGCGCCUCCGCGGACGGCUUCGCGCUCUCGGCAGGCCCGGGCCCCUCCCUCAACCCGCCCUGGAAAUGUCACAAACGUCGUCCUGCCAGCCAAGGACAGCUAUUCUGCCCCUAAAACUUGGAGCACCUGGAAUUCUCCGUGGUCGCUUUCAGGACUGUGUUUUGGGGAAAGCAGCACAGCAUGGAGAAGACAAGUAAUGACUCUAUAGCAUCUUACUACGCUGAUAGACAGUGGCUGCCAUGGGUGGAGGACUUGAUAAUAUGGGUGAAUGUUGAAACCACAAUGUUGUUCAUGUGAAAACUUCCCAAGAUUGUAUAUCAAUGAUACUUGAAUAAUAAAAAAGUAGACAACUUUU